CCCGUUUAAAGUGGCGCUUGCGGCGCGCGCAGGGGAUGGCGGAGCCGGCGGAAUACCCGCCGUUCCAGCUGGGGAAGCCCCGCUUCGAGCAGACCUCGUUCUAUGGCAGAUUCAGGCACUUCUUGGACAUCAUCGAUCCACGCACUCUCUUUGUGACUGAGAGUCGUCUGAAGGAAGCUGUGCAGUUGUUGGAGGAUUACAAGCAUGGGACUUUGCCUCCUGGAGUCACCAACAAAGAGCUGUGGGGAGCUCAGAAAAUAAAGCAGGCCAUCAUCCAUCCUGACACAAAUGAGACCAUCUUCAUGCCUUUCCGAAUGUCAGGUUACAUUCCCUUUGGAACACCCAUCGUUGUUGGUCUUCUCUUGCCCAACCAGACGCUGGCAUCCACCGUUUUUUGGCAGUGGUUGAAUCAGAGCCACAACGCCUGCGUCAACUAUGCAAACCGCAACGCGACAAAGGUGGGCCUUAAUGUUCUGGUUCAGAGAGCAAACAAGUUUACCCCUGCCACUCGUCUCUUGAUCCAGAGAUUUGUGCCAUUCCCUGCUGUCGCUAGUGCCAAUAUCUGCAACGUUGUCCUGAUGAGGCACACGGAGCUGGAGGAAGGAAUUGAUGUCUUGGACAAUAACGGCAACAUCGUCGGCUCUUCCAGGAUUGCUGCAAAACACGCACUGCUAGAAACAGCCCUGACUAGAGUGGUCCUGCCAAUGCCUAUACUGGUUCUACCUCCAAUUAUUAUGUCCAUACUGGAAAAAACAUCACUCCUGAGGUCUCGUCCCCGGAUGAUUGUCCCAGUCCAAAGCCUUGUGUGCCUCGCUGCCUUUGGCCUGGCUCUCCCCUUGGCCAUCAGUCUCUUCCCGCAGAUGUCUGAGAUUGAGACAUCUCAGCUGGAGCCAGAAAUCGCAGUGGCCACUACCAGUAAGACUGUGGUCUACAAUAAAGGAUUGUAAGUGGAAGCAGACCAGCUCAGCCCAGAAGAUUUGGGGAGGGAAAAGGGGGGAAAACUUGAGAUCCCAACUGGGAAAAAAGCAAACAACAACAAGAUAACACAAAUGCUAGAGCUCGGCGAUAGUAAUGUAUUACCCCUCCCAGCAAACUGGGAGGGAACUAACACAGACAACUGACACCUCACACCACUCAAAAAGGUUCAUAUUCAAGGGUUUAAACUAGCAGCAGCAGCAACAACAAAACCACAUUAAAACACUUUAGAGAAGUAGCUAAAGAAGACUCUCAGAACUCACUGGCACUGCGUGGAGGGAGGUUCAACGGCACGUCUCCCUGGGUUUACCUGACUACAUGACUGUAGGCUUCACCCAGCAAGUUGAGGGGGUUUGGUGCAGUUGGAGUCUCCACACUGACAGCUGCACAAAAGUCAUCCCCUAGAGAUAAAGGGGUGCAUGGAGCUGGGUUGGCUGCUCGGUGCGUGUCCUCGGUGGACUGCACACAGGUCCCGGCCCGCUGAGCCUGCACCAAAGCAGCCACCCCUUGGCACAGCAAAGGUUGUAGCUCCCCAUCCCUCCUUCCUUUCUCUGGUGGCAUCCUGCCCUUCAUGGCACCUCAGAGAGUCACGGGAGCCCAUCACCAGACAUAUCCUCCAGGCACCAGAAAGCCAGCAUGCCCACACGUUGAGUAGGAAGGGGUCUUGCAGUGAAGAUGCUGUUGAGAUGCUCUUCCUCUGCAUAGUCGUGGAGGAUGGGUUUGUCCCACCUAACACAGACCCUCUGAAAAUGAGAUUGUUAAGCUAAUUGGCUAAGCCACAGUUAGCUCAGCUAUUUGUCUACAGACAGAAUGUGCUUUAACUUUUGAUCUUUUAACUGAAGCAAUUGGCAGUUGGACUAGAUAUCAUUGUCUUGUACAUCUCUUCUCUUCUCUUCUCUUCUCUUCUCUUCUCUUCUCUUCUCUUCUCUUCUCUUCUCUUCUCUUCUCUUCUCUUCUCUUCUCCUCUCCUCUCCUCUCCUCCUCUCAUCUCCUUCCCCUUCUCUUCCUUCUUCUCCUUCUCUUUCUCCUUCUUCUUCUCCUCCUUCUCCUUCCACUUCUUCCACCUUGUCUUCCACAUCUUCACUUUCUCUGUUUUCCCAGUGCCUCCGGGCAGCUGCCUGGAGCCUUGUGCCAGCGCAGAGCAGGACUCAAAGCAGAGCUGGUGACCUGGCCAGGGUUGCCUGGCAGCUGUGCCAAGCUGAGGCUGUGAGCUGCUGUGAGCCUGCAGCCUCAGAGGGGUGAGCUGCCCUCAGGACAUGGCUGGCUGUCCCUUCAGCUGCUCCACUUUGGGGUGCUUCAAGCGAGGUGGGCAAACCCCUCCAGCACUGCACUGCAUCCUGUCCUCACAGGGGUUUGGGGCUGUAAUUUGGCUUUCUGGUAUCUUGUGCCCAUGAGUGAACCCUGAGUGACUCCCUGAGGACCAGAGGAGUUAAUGCAGAUUUGGAAGAUGCCCAGCAGCAGCAGGGAGAUCUGCCCCUGGGAUCAGUGUGGGGCUGGAGCUGUGGUGGUGACGGGCAUGGGUGAACGCACAGGCUGUCACCCUUCAAAUGCCAAGUGGUUGAGGGGGAGAGGGGAGCAAGGGAAACCAAAUCACCACUGACACAGAAUGUAAUCCAAGGAUUUAUUGCAAUGCCUGAAGUCAGGAGGCCUGAGCCCUGCCGUGUGCUCCUCCACUGUUGGCUCCUCGCUGGAGUAAGACCCGUAGGAACUGGAGCCAGGGAACGGUCAGGCCAGCUCAGGGAGACUGAUUCUGUCCCUGUGCUGCAGUAAAUCAGAAACAAUUGCACAAAACACAUCAUUUGGUGGAUUUACACAACAGAAUGCAGGGCAGGAGAGGCCUGCUCCAGGCUCUCCAUAGCUGCUGUUGAUGGGCCAGCUCCUGGUCGCUGGCACCAGUGCAAAUCCAGUUACACUCCCAGAGCCAUUCUGGAUUUACACCAGGGUAAGGGACAGAUGGAUUUGACCCAGAAGAGAUCCUCUAAUGCACUAGAUGAGAUGAAUGUAUGCUCCAGAGGAAGUGAGGCUGCCCCAUCUGCUCUGGUGGGGUUUGGAGACAUCCCAGGGAGGUGACACCUCUCCUGUGGACAUUUUCAUGGGCACCUGUCCUAUGGGCAGCACAGCACAGAAUCAGGCCCUGUAUUUUGUCUCUACAGCAAUGAAAGAGGGAGGCCAGGCCUCCAGGAUGGGGAAGGAGAGCAGCCUGCUGAUGGGAACCACAGCUGCAAGGCUCCAGAGAAUGAGCUGGGCCAGGCUGAGACCCUGGAAAGGGUCCUGUCCUUUGCAGCAGGGCUUGGGGAGAGGGUGAGGCUUGCUGUGAGAUGCUGGGAGUGCAGAUACCCCCCUUGCACACUCACCCACAUGUAUGUGCAGCAGGGGAAAAGCUGCUCCGAGCCUAAAGCUUCAGCUUAGGGCUCCGCUGAGCCCGCAGAAGUUGGGAGCCAAGCUGCAUCGUGUCACACAGAGGCACAACUUGCCUUCUUCCUCCUCCUGAAUGGAAAUGUGAGGCUGAGACAGAAACAGCCUCUUGUGUUGACAGGGAGAAGCCUCCUGGCUCGGCGUCUGUCUGGGUGGAUCAUUUCCCCUUCCCCGGUGGGUUUUGUCGCUGCCUGAACCAUUCUGCUGCAAAGCUUCUUCAUCCCAGGCUUUUCUCCUUCAGAGGGAGAAGCGAUGGAGGCUGCUCUUUGAGGUUUCAGAGAGGUGGAGCAAGGAGGGAGCCAGUGAUUUGGUUUUAUACCGUGAUCACUCAUCAAAGAUUUGUGUGUCAGGCCCGCAGAUGGGAGAGGAAUUCGCAGCGCAGGCAGGGCUUUGCUGGUGGCAUUUCUUUCACAGCCACUCAAGGAAAAACAUGGAUUGAGCGAGUCCUGCCUCAAGGAAGAGCCAAUUCCCAGUUUUCCCAGUGAUGGGAAGUGAGUGUGGAUGCUGCCCCAGCACAGGCAUCACCCGCAGAGCUGGAGCACGGAGCAGGGGCUGCUCCUCGCGUGAGUCCAGCGAUGCUCAGUGAGACCUGCGUUGGUUUGGAGGAGAAAAAGGGUUUGGAGGGGAUUAGGUGUGGGGUUUGAUAAGCCACGUGGCUCCUGUGAGUCACAAGGGCCUGAUCCUGCUCGAGGGGGGUUGAGGACCAGCUUGAGGGAUGUCAGAGGAACCGCGCCGUGAGAUUGCGGCUCGGCUCGGAAGCAGCUGCACAGUCGAACAAGUGACAAUCAAAUGGUCUAAAUGAGUCUGGAUUUCUCCUCUUCCCAUACAAACCCCGUCAAGCUUGUUUCGCUUCACAUGUCAGGAAAAUGGGUCUGAGUCAACUCGGCAGAGUUUGUGCUGAGAAGUAAAUACAGCCCAGGGUCCCGAGGCAGGCGCUCAGCAGUGUUUGUCUCUGAGAGCCAGUCGCAGCCUUUGGCAGGUCAGAAACUGCCUUUGCUCUUUUCAUAGCAUCACAGAAUGGUGGGGUUGGAAGGGACCUUUAGAGCUCAUCCAGUGCAACCCCCCUGCAGAAGCAGCUCCCACCUAGAUCAGGUCACACAGGAACGUGUCCAGGUGGGUCUUGAAGCCCUCCAAGGAAGGAGCCUCCACACCCUCCCUGGGCAGCCUGGGCCAGGGCUCCCUCGCUCAAACACUGAAACAGUUUUCCCUUAUGUUUCAAGGGAACUUUUUAUGCUCCAGCUUCAUCCCAUCACCCCUUGUCCUGUCACUGGAUACAACAGAAAAAAAAGUGCUGCCCCAACCUCCUGACACCCACCAGUGAGAUGUUUGUAACUAUUAACAAGGUCCCCUCACAGUCUUCUCCAGGCUGAACAGCCCCAGGUCCCACAGCCUUUCCUUGUCAGGAAGAUGCUCCAGUCCCCUCAGCAUCUUGGUGCCCCUGCACUGGCCUCUCUCCAGCACUUCCCUGUCCCUCUGGAGCUGGGCAGCCCAGAACUGGACACAGGACUCCAGAUGAGGCCUCAGCAGCUCUGGCAGAGCAGAGGGGCAGCACAACCUCCCUGGCCCUGCUGCCCACACUCUUCUUGAUGCAUCCCAGGAUUUUGCUCAAAUGCUACUCAAAACCUUGUGCCCUCCCACCCAAAGCACUGGGAAGAUGCUACUGCUUGGAGCUGGGAAAGGAAAGCCACCACCUCACAGGGGCCAAUCCCCUUUUCUAACCUCUUCUGAAAGCAUCUGUGGGUCUUGUGAGGUAGCAGCAGUGUCCAAGAGACCCAAGGACUUGACCCUGCAUCUCCCAAACCCACCUGUAUCCCCUUCAUCCAUGAUGUUUCAUCCUGUCUGUGCUGCCUUUCCCUUCGCUAUCCUCUGGCUUAGUGCUGAGCAGGAUGAGGUGAAUGUGUGAGGAGCACAUUUAUAUGACCCAGACUUGGAGGAAGACAAGACCACGGUGUCCCUGUGCUGGGACAGCAAAGCCAGGUGAUACAGUUCAGCUUUUGAGCCAGCACCAACCCAGUGCAGGGACCCUGAGAUGCAUUAGGAAGAACUGUAGGAAGAACUUUUUCUUUAGGAAGAGCUUUUUCUCUGAGAGGGUUGUUAAGCCCUGGAACAGGCUGCUCAGGGAGGUGGUGGAGUCCCCAUCCUUGGAGAUCCUGGAAAGCUGUGGAGCUGAGGUGCUGAGAGCCAUGCGUUAGUGAUGGGCUGAGCAGCCUGAGGGGGGUCAGACUUGAUGAUCUUAAAACUCUUUCCCAACCAAAACGAUUCUAUGGGUUUGCUUUUUGUUUAAAAACAGCAGAAAGGCUCAACAGACACAAAUCUGACCCUUGGGGAUCUUAAAAGGCCCUUUCACUCACAGGCAGCUCAAGGUUGGGGCUCCCCUUGUGCAGUGAAUCCAGCAUGGUUACCCCCCAUCCAUGGUGGGACCCCAAAAACACCACACUCAACUCUUCCUACAGCAUGGGAAAGGGAAAGCAACAGCACGUUGAGGCUGUUUAUUAGGACAGCGAAUUGUGCCAGGAAAAGACGACACAGCAGCUAAUGGUGACGUGCUGCACGUUCACUUAGGAGCUAAUUAAUCUCUCCUGCCUUUCCUAAUGGAUGAGAAGGAGCCUUUGCUUUGUGAGACCAGCCCAACCAUUUGUGUUCCUCAUCUUCUGCAACUGGGGAUGUGGAAGGAACAGGGGGGAGAGAGGAAAAAAACCCACCACGCACACCAAGUCGUUCACCUCAGCAGAUAAUAGGAAUGAGAUGAUCAUCUCCUGUAGUAUUUCAUUAGAGAUGUCACAGUUAAUUGCUUUCUUGGAUAUGUUAAUUAAGAAAUAACGAGGACCAGGUUGUAGAACAAGGUGCCAGGGAGAGGUUUUGCCUGGAUGCUGUGGCUGUUGGCUGGGGGGACAACCCAGGGGUUGUGUCAGCUGUGUCCUCAACCCACCUUCAAGCCUGGGAGUGGCUCAUCUCCUUCUCUUUCUGCUUGCCACUAUUUUUUUCUGCUGCAUAUCCCUGUGUGUGGCCAGGCAUAGGCAGAUAGGUCCCACAGCACAGGCAGCAGGUCACCCCAUUUGCCAGCAUGGCACAUCAUUGGGAUUUGGGAUGUCCCAUGUGCUCAGGGAUGAGCAAUGCUGGAGCUCUCAGGGUUAUAUCGAUGCCAUGUAGCCAAGAGCUGCAGGAGUGUGUGUGUGUGUGCAUCCCCCACUCUGGUUCUGGUUGGCUCCUCUGGAAGGACUGUGAUGGAGAUCAGCCAUCAGCCAAGCUGGGGGAGUGUGGGGGCUGCUGGCAUGUGGGGGCCAGACCCCAACAGCCUUUGAGCAAAGAUUCUUAGGGUACAACUAAGCUCACCUGAGAAGCUGAGCCAGCUCUGAGAGUGGGCUUGGCAUCGGGUGUGCAGAUGGCAGAGGCUCAAAGUGGUCCUGGUGGUGGUACUUCCCUGAGUCCCUUCAGGAAACAAUCACUUUUGGGUUUUCCUCCCCUUUUUUAAUGGCUUCUUUUACACCCAACAUCCUCAGCCAUCCAUUCUCCUGCAGUCACCCUCUGGCACCCCAUCAGAAUGCACUUUAGAACCCCAUCAACAGCAGGUCCCCCAGGACACAGCGGGGUGGGGGUGGUAUGUCUUCCAAUGGUCCCUCAGCCAGACCCCCAGGCACAGACCCCCGGGCACAGACCCCCCCUGGGCACAUACCCCCAUGCCCACCAGCCCUUUUUAAC